UAGACAAAAAAAAUAGCUGUCACUUACCUCGACAUGUUACACGUGAGGUUAUUUUGAAAUAUUUGAGAUGUGUUUCUUUUAAAAUAACACGAUACAUAUAAAUAAGAUAUGGCAGAUGAAACUGCCUUUGAUAAAAAGAAGUCGCACCGUGCCAAGCAAGCCGGGCGCAAAGCAGAGAAGAAGAAAAACAAGACUAAACUCGACCAGUCUAACCUAAGUGCCCGACAGAGAAAUCCAAAAGCCUUUGCUAUCCAGUCUGCUGUGCGAGCUGAGAGGCAGUUUCGACGACGAGAAGAUGUUAUCUCCAAGAAGCAGCACAUCCCACAAGUUGACAAAACUCCACUGGAGCCUCCACCUAUUGUUGUGGCGAUUGUCGGGCCCCCUCGAGUCGGUAAAACCACACUUAUCAAUAACUUGAUCAAGAGCUUUAUUAAAACUAAUGUGACGAGUACCAACGGUCCCAUAACUAUCGUAACAUCAAAGAAGCGACGUAUUACACUGAUAGAAUGCAACAACGACGUCAAUUCUAUGAUCGACAUCGCUAAAUGCGCCGAUCUGGUGCUGCUGCUGUGUGACGCCAGCUUCGGCUUCGAGAUGGAGAUAUUCGAGUUCCUCAACAUUUGUCAGGUGCAUGGUAUGCCCAAGAUCAUGGGUGUCCUCACACAUCUGGACAUGAUAAAGAAUGCUAAGACCUUAAAAACAACUAAGAAAACUUUAAAACACAGGUUUUGGACUGAAGUGUAUUCAGGAGCUAAGUUGUUCUACUUGUCUGGUAUUAUUCAUGGGGAGUACUUGAGGAAUGAGAUAAAGAACUUGUCUAGAUUCAUCUCAGUGAUGAAGUUCAGGCCUCUGAGCUGGAGGAUGACGCAUGCCCAUGUGCUGGCCGACCGCCUUGAGGACAUCACCAGUCAGGAGCUGAUCAGGAAGGAUGCCAAAGUGAACAGAGACGUGGUGCUGUAUGGCUAUGUGAGAGGAGUGCCACUCAUGAAGGAUUCUUCUGUUCAUAUUGCAGGUGUUGGAGAUAUGAAGAUCAGUGAGCUAUCCUUCCUACCAGAUCCUUGUCCACUCCCCAGCAGUGAGAAGAAGCGUCACCUCAUGGAACGAGAGCGACAGAUAUAUGCGCCCUUCUCUGGUGUUGGAGGAAUUGUAUAUGAUAAGGAUGCAGUCUACAUAGAGUUGCAAGGCUCUCACUCACACAAAAAAGAAGACGAGGAAACAAAUGAAAAGAAAGCUCUCCUCAAAAAUGUAGUAGAAACUAAGGAAACAGUUGAUGAGCAAAUGCAAGAAUCUGGCUUCAAGUUGUUCAGUGGAGGUGCAGUCAUUUACCCUGACAUGAUCAAGGAUGAUGAAUAUUUGCAACAGAAUAAGAAAUCUGAAUCAGAUGAAUCUGAUUCUGAUGAUGAAGGCAAUGACAGUGAUUCUGAUAAUGACAGUGGAAUAGAUCAAAGUGAAAAAGAAGAGAGGAAGAACAAGCUCCCUUGGGAUAAUAACUCAGAAGGUGGGUCAGAUGGAGAAGAUGAGGAUGAAGAAAUGAGUGAUGGUAAUCAAAAGAAACAAAAAGAUGAUUCAAGUGAUGGAGAAGAUGAUAGUGAAUCUGAAGAAGAACAAGAUAAAGAAGAUUUUGGGAUGAAAUGGAAAGAGAAGUUGGGUGAGAAAGCUACAGAAGCCUAUCUAGAACGACAAAAGACUUCAAAAAACAUCAUGAAGCUUGUAUAUGGUGACUUUGAAAUUGGAAAUAAAACUAAAAAUAAGGACAAAGAUGAAGAUUCGGAAGAAGAAGAAGAUGAAGAGCUUGGUGGUCUUUUCAAAAAGGUUACAGAUACACAAAAGAAAAAGCACAAAGAAAAGGAAAGGUUAGAUCUAGACGAGUGUUCUUUCUUCUAUGCUUUAAGUAAACCGAAUCUUAGAGACUGGACAAGUGAAGCAAAUAAACAGUAUUUGAUCAACAAUUUCGUAACUGGUAAGAGAUCAGCUGACGAAGAUGCUUCAGAACUCUUAAAAUUAGAUGACGCCAGUGACGGCGAUGAUGAAGAACUUUAUGGUGAUUUUGAAGAUUUGGAAACUGGAGAGAAACACAAGGCGGAAGACAAAAAAGAGGAGCAGACGACAGAAACUGGUACCAAACGAAAGGCGGAGCUUACCAAAUCUGAGAUAUUAGACAAAAAGAUGAAACUAAAAGCUAAAUUCGAUUCAGAAUAUGACAAUCCUGAUGAUCACAGGAUCAAAGGAGACCACUCUUAUUAUGAAAGCUUGAAAGCAGAAGCUUUGAAGCAAUCUGAACUAAACAAGUCAGUGUUUGAGAAUUUAGAUAAUGGACUGAGGGUUGAAGUUGAAGGUUUCAGACCAGGGUUAUAUGUCAGAAUGUUAUUCAAGAACAUGCCAUCAGAGUUCGUAACUAACUUCGACUCUAGUUACCCAAUACUUAUUGGUGCUCUCAAUAUGGCUGAGCAAAACGUUGGUUUUGUGUCAUGCAAAGUUAAGAAACACAGAUGGUAUAAGAAAAUUCUGAAAACAAAUGAUCCUCUUAUCAUUUCGUUGGGUUGGCGGCGUUUCCAAACAUUGCCCAUUUACUCUAAAAUAGAGGAUGAUUUAAAAUGCAGGUAUUUGAAAUAUACCCCUGAGCAUGUCACAUGUAAUAUGCACUUCUAUGGCCCUAUAACGCCACAAAACACAGGUUUCUUAGCUUUGCAAAGUGUAAACAACAAUCCAAAUGAUAUCAAACAAGUAGGAUUUAGAAUAGCUGCAACAGGAAGCGUAAACGAAAUUAACAAAUCUACUCAAAUUGUUAAGAAAUUAAAACUGGUUGGAACACCAUUGAAAAUAUACAAGAAGACAGCUUUCAUCAAGGAUAUGUUUACGACUACUUUAGAAGUCGCGAAGUUUGAAGGAGCUAGAGUGAAAACAGUGUCAGGUAUCAGAGGUCAGAUAAAGAAAGCUCUCAACAAGCCGGAAGGUGCUUUUCGAGCUACUUUUGAAGACAAAAUUCUGAUGAGUGACAUCGUAUUUUGUCGUACUUGGUUUAAAGUAGACGUCACCAAGUUCUACGCUCCCGUCGUUAAUCUAUUACUGCCUGCCGGAACCAAGAACGCGUGGCAGGGAAUGAAGACUAAGGGUCAACUGAAGAGAGAGCAAAACAUUAAAAACGAGGCUAACAAAGACUCGAUGUAUACUGAAGUGAAUAGGGCUCCUAAAGUUUUCAAGCCUUUAGUGAUACCUAAGAAUCUACAGAAAGGUUUGCCAUACAGAUUUAAACCUAAGGAAAAGUCGACAAUUCUGUCUGGUGUGAAUCCUAAAGACCAAUUGAAAAAUAGAAUAGCUGUUAUUAAGAAUCCUCAAGAACAGAAGGUUUCGAACGUUAUGAAGAUGUUAAAGACUAACUACGAGAAGAAGAAAGAGGUGCAGAAGGAAGCCACGGCGCAAAGACUUCAGAAACAUAAGAAACAACUAGAGGAAGAGGAAUGGAGGAAACUCAAACGACAGAAAGAAUUGAAGAAGAAAAUAUGUAGACAUUUAAGUAAAAUUGGUAAUAAAAAGAAACCACAGAUGUAAAUAUUGUUAUGCUGUUAUUUUUAUAACGUGUUCUUAGGCUAAUUAAACAAUUAAA